AAGUAUCAGUUAAAAAAUUAACUUUUUACAGGGCAUUAGCAACUUGUGUAGGAGUAUAUACUUUUAUAAAAGCGAGAGAACGUAUACACGAGAGAAGAUACCAAAGAAUGAAAGAAAGACAACGUGCACGUGCUAUUGAGAGUAAUUGAAUCGUUGAUACAUAUACUAAAAGUAAUUGUAAAAUAUAAAUAACUAAGUAACGUAUUGAGUGUGCAAAAAAGCAAUACGAAAAUGGCUGGAUUACCUCAAUUUAAUGAAGAACAAUUGAAAUUAGUACAAGAUAUAGAGAUAGAAAUGAUGACUGAUAUGUUCCAUCGUAUGACAUCUGCUUGUCACAGAAAAUGUAUACCGCCAAAGUAUACCACUGCAGAAUUGAGUAAAGGAGAAUCUAUAUGUCUUGAUCGUUGUAUUGCUAAGUACUUGGAUGUUCAAGAACUCAUUGGUAAAAAGCUUCAACAAAUUUCUAUGCAAGAUGGGAAAAUUGUAGAACAACCAAAAUUAAAUUAAAGACGACAUUAAUAAUAAUUUUAA